GUGGCUACAGACAAGGUUGCAGAAAAGUUGAGUUCUACUCUCUCAUGGGUGAAGAACACAGUAUCAUAUACAGUCAGUCAGAUGGCCAGUCAGGUGGCAAGUCCAUCUGCUUCAUUACACACUACAUCCUCAUCUACCACACUAUCAACGCCAACCCUUUCACCAUCUUCUCCGUCACAGCUGAGCCCAGACGACUUAGAACUCCUGGCUAAACUGGAGGAACAAAAUAGAUUGUUAGAGACGGAUAGUAAGUCUUUAAGAUCUGUAAAUGGGUCAAGAAGAAACAGUGGCUCCUCCCUUGUAUCAAGUUCAUCAGCCUCUAGCAACCUCAGCCACCUUGAAGAAGAUUCUUGGAUACUUUGGGGAAGAGUUGUUAAUGAAUGGGAAGAUGUGCGAAAAAAGAAGGAAAAGCAAGUUAAGGAACUUGUUCGUAAAGGGAUACCCCACCAUUUUAGAGCAAUAGUUUGGCAACUUUUAUGCAGUGCACAAAGUAUGCCAAUUAAGGAUCAGUAUUCAGAACUCCUGAAAAUGACUUCGCCUUGUGAAAAAUUGAUCCGAAGGGACAUUGCUAGAACUUAUCCUGAACACAAUUUUUUUAAGGAAAAAGAUAGCUUUGGACAGGAGGUUUUAUUUAAUGUAAUGAAGGCUUAUUCUUUAGUGGAUCGUGAGGUUGGUUACUGUCAAGGAAGUGCUUUUAUAGUUGGAUUGCUGCUUAUGCAGAUGCCAGAAGAAGAAGCUUUCUGUGUAUUUGUUAAAUUAAUGCAAGAUUAUAGACUUCGUGAACUUUUUAAACCAAGUAUGGCAGAAUUGGGCCUUUGUAUGUACCAGUUUGAAUGCAUGAUACAGGAACAUCUUCCAGAGCUCUUUGUACAUUUUCAGUCUCAGAGUUUUCAUACCUCAAUGUAUGCAUCAUCGUGGUUUCUGACUAUCUUUCUAACAACUUUUCCACUACCAAUUGCGACAAGGAUAUUUGAUAUCUUUAUGUCUGAGGGUUUAGAAAUAGUGUUUCGAGUAGGAUUAGCACUUCUUCAAAUGAAUCAGGCAGAACUGAUGCAACUUGACAUGGAAGGGAUGUUACAGCACUUUCAGAAGGUCAUCCCACAUCAGUUUGAUGGAAGUCCAGACAAAUUAAUCCAGGCAGCUUACCAAGUCAAGUAUAACUCAAAAAAAAUGAAAAAGCUUGAAAAGGAAUACACUACAAUAAAAACUAAAGAAAUGGAAGAGCAAGUUGAAAUUAAAAGGUUACGCACAGAAAAUAGACUUUUAAAACAACGCAUUGAAACAUUAGAAAAAGAAAGUGCUUCCUUGGCAGAUAGAUUGAUACAGGGACAAGUGACAAGAGCCCAGGAGGCUGAGGAAAACUACCUCAUAAAACGGGAACUGGCCACCAUCAAACAGCAGAGUGAUGAGGCCAGUGCUAAGCUGGAGCAGGCUGAAAAUACCAUCAGGAAGCUCCAGCACCAACAGCAAUGGCAUAAAUGCAGUUCCAACUACAAUGAAGAUUUUGUGCUACAGCUAGAAAAAGAAUUGGUUCAAGCCCGUCUGAGUGAAGCUGAGUCUCAAUGUGCACUAAAGGAGAUGCAGGAUAAAGUCCUGGAUAUGGAGAAGAGAAACAACUCCUUUCCUGAUGAGAAUAACAUUGCAAGGCUUCAGGAAGAACUCAUUGCUGUAAAACUGAGAGAAGCAGAAGCCAUUAUGGGUUUGAAAGAACUUAGACAACAAGUCAGAGAUUUAGAGGAGCACUGGCAGCGCCACUUAGCUCGUACUACUGGGAGAUGGAAAGACCCACCAAAGAAAAAUGCUGUGAAUGAGUUACAAGAUGAAUUGAUGACCAUUCGACUCAGAGAAGCAGAAACACAGGCAGAAAUAAGAGAAAUAAAACAAAGGAUGAUGGAAAUGGAAACACAGAACCAGAUCAACAGUAACCAUCUUCGAAGAGCAGAACAAGAGGUGACCAGUCUACAGGAGAAGGUGCAGUAUCUUUCUGCGCAGAACAAAGGACUACUUACUCAAUUAAGUGAAGCAAAGCGCAAACAAGCAGAGAUUGAAUGCAAGAACAAGGAAGAAGUGAUGGCUGUGAGACUCCGGGAGGCAGAUAGCAUAGCUGCUGUGGCUGAACUACAACAACACAUUGCAGAGCUUGAAAUCCAGAAAGAAGAAGGAAAGCUUCAAGGACAGCUUAACAAGUCUGAUUCUAACCAGUAUAUUAGGGAACUGAAAGAUCAGAUAGCAGAGCUGAAUCAUGAGCUCAGGUGCCUAAAAGGCCAGAGGGGCUUCUCAGGCCAACCCCCUUUUGAUGGAAUCCACAUUGUCAACCAUUUAAUAGGAGAUGACGAGUCAUCGCAUUCCUCUGAUGAAGAUUUUAUAGAGAAUUCCUUACGGGAGAGUGGCAUCGGUUUUCCUUUGCACAGAAAAUCUGGGGCAAUGUCUUUGGACCCUGCUGUGGCCGAUGGUAGUGAAAGUGAAACAGAAGACAGUGUGGUGGAGACCAGAGAGAGUCAGCAAGUGGCUCAAAAGGAACAGCCCCCCAAAAAAAGGGAGUCAUACUCAACUACUGUCUGACCACCACUGUGACCU